AUGAUGAAAAUUGCCUUGGCUCAACUUCGUUCAACCAACAACCAGGCCUUUAAUUUUUCGGUUUGUGAGAAAUUGAUCAAGGAGGCUUCUCAGCAUCAUCAGGCUUCAUUGAUUUGCUUUCCAGAAUGUUUUGCAUUUAUGGGUAAUAAUGCAACUGAAACUCUAGCUCAUGCUGGCUCACUAGAUUCGGAAUUAUUUAAAAACUAUACAAAUUUAGCCAAAAAAUAUAACAUCAAUAUUAGUUACGGAGGUUGGCAUGAAACUUCUCCAUUCAAUCAAAACAAAAUAUUUAAUUCUCAUGUUUUGGUGAAUAAUCAAGGAGAAAUUAUAAACAUUUACAGAAAAGUUCAUCUCUUUGAUUUGAAUACAGAGAUAGUGAAAUUGAAAGAAUCUGAAAUUACCGAGUUUGGACAAGACUUAUUAGUGGACGACAAUGGAUCCAUAUUCUCUAAAGACUUAAUUGUCGGAUUGAGCAUUUGUUAUGAUUUACGAUUCCCUGAAUUGUUUAUUUUGCAAAGAAAAUUGAGAGAUGUUAAAAUUGUGUUGAUUCCUGCCGCAUUCACGAAGCACACCGGCGAGUUAGGCCAUUGGAAGACGUUGCUUCAGGCAAGAGCGAUUGAAAAUCAAUGCUUUGUGGUUGCUGCUGCUCAAGUUGGAAGGCAUAACUCAAGAAGAGAGUCGUAUGGUCAUUCGUUAAUAAUUGACCCAUUAGGUAAAAUAUUGCUGGAUUUGGGCCAACAAGAGCAUGUAUAUGACUUGGAAAAGCAAGAGAGCCAACCUUUUGAGGGACUUUUAGGAAUAGUCGACAUGUCAACUUGGUCUGCACAACUGUCCAAAGUUAGAGAGGGCAUGCCAGUGUUUGAGCAUAAGCGAAAUGACUUGUAUCAUCUUGAUAUUGUCACAAACAAGUAA